GUCAAACCAAGAAUGUUUUAAAAUCAUUUUUUUCGACUUAAAGCAGUUAAAAUGUGAAAGACAGCUUGUGUAAAAUAAUUUAACAGCUCUUUUGAUAUAUUUAUCUCUUCAGAACUCAUUCUGAGGCAUGAGCUGUGACAGUUUUUUAAGUAGAUUGUCUUACGCUGUUAGGCGCGCCAUUUUGGCAAGCGGGGAACCAGUAUGUGACGAAUGCAGGCAGAAAGCAGACGAGAGUGGAGUGUAUUCGGCAGUUACGGUGCUCGUUUUGUUUGAUUUGGAGACGCGAUUUUUUUCAAGAGUUGUGUGUGCGUUGUGCCAUGUUUACAGAAGACACGCGUGAGCCCGGAAGCUGAGCCCCGGGGCUGAGCUUGGAGCCGAGCAGCAGCGACCCUUACGGCGCCUAGACCUGGGCUCGUGUGUCGUCACUCGCUCGCGUGUGUGUGUGCGUGCGCGCGUGGUGUAGUGUUGUGUUGUGUUGUGUGCGCGGCGGACAAGGCGCACGGGCCGCUCCGAGAGGGACGGCGCGCCGUCUUGGACUGAUACUGCCGUAUGGACGUGCUGGUAGUCGGAUAGUCAUCUACGACAGAAUCUGGGUUUCCGGGUGAACCCAGUAGACACGUGAUCGUGUGUGGCAACAGCGCACGUCGCAGAAUAUGUGCCGCAAGUGGAACUGGAGCUGUGUUGCUAGACUACGCGACGCGGCUGCUUGAAAACUGGAGUCAAUUAGCAGAUAAAGCAGACCAGUAAAGUGAUUUCUCGUCAAUUAAACAUUCGUUUAGUUUUAACUCUUAUUUGUUUCGAGAUAAGUGCACCAGACGUGUAUGUAUCUUCACCUAUUCUAAACACAGCAAUGCAAAGCUAAAAAAGCGCACAUAAUGUAUUUUUUGUGAUGUAUGUAAUUUUUAGGGAAUAAUUUAAUCGCUUUUAUAUGCAGUUAUUGUCGUUUCAGUAUAAUUAAAAGCUUUAGAGAUAUUAUUAAAGAGGCAAUAAAGCAUUUGUUCGAACACCACUGCGUGUGAUGAAUGUUCGUGAGCUUGUGGCAAAUCUGACUGUGAAACACGGACGUCACAAUGAAGUCGCGCGGAGCGAAGGUGCGCUGUAGUUCGUCAGUUGGUGUAGUUUGUCCGGCAGUGAAGCCGUUCGUUUGCUCGGGCUCGCCCUGGGCUUAGUGUCGGGAAUGGCGGACUUGAUCGCGGGCCAGUGGGCACGACCUCACAAGCGAGGGCUUGGGCACCAGCAGGAACUCCUGGCGGCGGUCUCGUCAGCUCCGUGAGUGCAUGUGCGUCGGGACAGCGGGACGAUGCGCGUGACCGCCCAGAAGACGCGGUCCCACUCGGCGGCCUCGGCCGUGGCGAAGAGGGGCUCCAACGUCGCCCCGUCCGCGUCGGCCAAGAAGAGGAAGGUGCAGGACAGCUCUCCGACGAGGACAAAGUCCCCUAGCGGCUCCGCCAAGAAGAAAGUGGUCCCGAAGAAGACGCUGGUCGCCAAAAAGACGAUCGUCGUCGUCAAGAAGGUGCCGGCGAAGAAGAAAGACACUGCCAAAAAGCAGAAGCCGAGCGCCGUGAGGAAUGCCGUCUGCAAGAAGCAGGAAGGGAAAGGAUCCACGGUGAACGCAAAGAAGAAGUUAGUUCCUCAGAAGAUCGCGGCGAGUAAGAUUGUUGCUUUGAAAAAGUGUGGCGUUAACAAAAGGGAACCCGCUGAAGGUUCCGCUGUGGCAACGACCUCCGUCGAUAAAGCAGCGGAGAAAGUUGCGAGCGGCUUACCGGACGAGACGCGUAAGAAGCCACUCAAAGAAGUUGCAAUAGGGCCGAAAGAGAAUGCUAGAAUUUUGAAAAUUCAAAAACCAAAAAGCACUGCUACUGUUAGUGUUGUGAAAAGCAAGAAAAAGCUUCCCGUUAAAAAGCAGGAUGUCACUAAAACCGUGUGUAAAAAACCUUUUGUAAAGCACAUCGUAGUAGUGAAAGGGUCCAAACAGAAAACUGCAUUACGCAAGAAGUCAGAGGCCGGGGAGAGCAAAGACAAUGGUAGUGCAGUAGCUGUCACACGAGCAAGUGUGGUUGGUAAAAAGUCACCUACUCCACACAGAGUAAGUAGUACUAGUAGCACUGUUGAUAAUGGUGGCGAGAAAAAUAGUUCUGUAAAUACAGCAAGUACCAAAGAAGUAGUGAUUCAGUCAGCUAUGGUAAGAAAGGUGAAAAACAAUGUGAUAAGGAAUCAACCAAAGAAUACAGAAGAGAUUGAAAGGGAAAGAACAGAUGAUAAAAUAGCUAAAACUCCAAUUAGAGAGGAUGAAGAUGUAAAAUCUGAUGUACCAGACAGUUGUAGUGGAAACAGUAGUUGCUCACAAACUCCAAAAAAGAAAUAUUUGCCUCAAAGUAAACUUAAGUCUAAACCAAAGGAAGUAUCUGGAGAUAGCAAAGAUGAUGCACAAAAAGAUGAGACUCAAAAUAAUCUGGUUAGUUCGCUGGAUCAGUCGUCUCAAAAGAAAGAAAAGAUUAGGGACGAAACUUACACAAAGAAAGUUUUGCUCAAAAACAAGUCUAAACAGUUUGAUAAGAUGACUGAAACGUCUGAAGGCUCGGACACACAGCCUGCUACAGCAGAGAGCACCGAUGAAUCCACAGCUUCCGAAGAAAUAACAUUGGAUCGACUGCGUCGGCAACAGCUGAGGGUCGUCAAAGCGACGAGCGCCGCUGACGCUUCUUCAGGUUGCGAAGACAAGUUAGACAAGUCCAUACAGGUGAAGCCGUCGUCGCCGUCUGGUGUCAUGAAGUCGGAGGAUCUUGUUUCUACUUGCGAUUCUCUCCAGUUCAUGGGAGGCAUAACUAUUAAACAAGAAGUUGACGACGAACUAGAUGUGAAAUUAGAAUCGGAUACGGACAAUUCGUCUAACUGCGCGCCGGCGAAAAAAAUGGUGAAGAAAAAGCAUACUUUCGCCAAAAAAUCCAAAGAUACGUCUAGCGACAGUCAGGAAGAGGACGGUGACGUCGAGGACGAAGAUGAAGAUGACGAAAAAUUCAAAUCGGCCGGCCAGUCGUCAAAGAAAUCCCCGGCGCUGAAAAACGGCAGUGACACGGAGCAGAGGGCGCGGAGGAUGAGGCUGUUCGGAUUCUGGAGCGGACCGAAGAGGCACCGGGUAGCGUCGUUGAACGCCCUGGCGAAGGUCCACUGCCUGUACGAAAACGAGAGCAAAGGCGCGUUCCUGGGGUACUGCAGGGCGUCGAAAGUGACGAAGAAGGCGGUGAAGCCACCCCCCGAGGAGGACGAGGACGACGAGAGCUCCAGCGGCACCGUGGUGUGCACGAGGACCCUGCGCUCCAUGCCCGGCCUGCGCGGGGCGGGCAGGCACUGGGACGUGCUGAACGCGCUGUCCACCUCCACGUCGUCCGUGUCGUCGUCCUCGGAGGGCAACGAGAACUACAACACCGGGGACGAGAGCGGGGGGAGGUCCGCGCCGUCGCCGAAAGCCAAGGCCAAGGCCAAACCGCCCGCCAGGGGCGCCAAGAAGGUGGUGCGCCGCAAGCGCAAGCGGGGCGAGCUCAUGAUGGACCUGAAGGACAUGGUGGUGCGCAAGAGGAUGGCGAGUCUGAACGCGUCCGCCAUCCUGGCGGCCAGCUACUCGACGGAGAAGCGGCCCGCGCGCCCGGUGAUCAAGCCGGACCCGUCACCGCCGCCGCCGUCGUCGCCGUCACCGCCGCCGCCGGUCGGCAGGAAGAAGUCGAGGAAGCGCGUGCUCAGCAAGAAGAUCAUCGAGCAGGACGACGACAGCACGAGCAGCGGAGGUACCGGCGGCGGCGGCGCCGCCUCCAAGGAGGCGGAGGCCCGCGGCGGUGUGAUCGAGCUGCGGGCGACCCCGGCCAGCGGCGGCAACCAGGUGGCGGUGAUCGUGAACCAGGACACGGACGUCACCAUCACCGGCGUGUACGUGAACAGCACGACGCGGUCCACGCGCCACGAGGGCUUCUGCAGCAUCGCGGGCAUGCAGUACCGCAUCUCGUCGACCAGCCACACGCAGACCGAGGCGACCGCCGUGGCCACGGAGACGGUGCUGCACUCGGGCGCCGCGCCGCCCCCCGCCGCCCCCGACCACCCGGCCGCCGCCCGCCACGCCCCCGAGCCGCCGCUCAAGUCGUACACGCCGCUGGGCGCGCUGUCCAGCAUGCAGCCGCCCGGCUCCGGCGGGCCGCCUCCGCCCCCGCCGCCGCCCCCGCCGCCGCCGCACCUCCACCACCACCAUCACCACCACCACCACGCGCACCCGCCGCCGCCGCCGCCCCCGCUCGGCCAGGCGCCUCACCCGCCGCCGCUGUCGCCUCUGGGCCGCCGCCACGGGUGCGCCAGCGCCUUCUCGGCGCCGCCCCCGCCGCCGCCCAGCUACGGCCCGCCGCCGCCGAGGGAGCACGACGCCGCCUACAUGCACGGUGAGUUUACGGCGCAGACCAUCUUGGUUGCUCUUGCGGACUGGCUUCAGUCGGUAAGUGGCGACUGUUUUCAUUAG